UUUAGUUGUGAACCUGUAAAAGUACUGUAUAUGUUUUGUUUUGUGGUUAGAAGUUUUGCCUUAACCAACUCCGGGACCAGAAGUCACUUUGAAUUUAACUAUGACAAGCAUGGAAGGGAUUGGAAAGUUAAGGGCGGUGAAAGACAGUCGCCAAUUGCACUAUGCUCAUGUAAUAGCAUUACAUGUAAUGUCCCUAAAUUGGAGCUGAUAAACUACCACAACCCCUUGCGCGAACCCUUGUCCGUGAUCAACAAUGGACUGACUGUCCUCAUGAGGAUUCCAAGGACUGUGGACGGAGCACAGCCAUCUCUUUGUAUCAGUAGUGAGUUUGGACACGUCUUUGAGGCCCAGCAGCUGCAUUUCCAUUGGGGCUCCGAACUGACCAAGGGAUCCGAGCACAACUUGGAUGGGGAUUUCUAUGAUGGAGAGGUGCACAUAGUUCAUAAGAACGCCAGCUUCAAAACAAAUCAGGAAGCUGCUCAAAAUUGCAAUGGAUUUGCCGUUUUGGCUGUGCUGAUGAGAAGCCUCGAGAAUCCAGAAAAUCAGUCGCAAGCCAUGAAUGAGAUCUGCAAACAAGUAGCCAAUAUAUCUGAAUUAGAUGAUAUCCAGACUCUUGAGGAAAGUAUGUCCUUGGAAGAUCUGAUUGUUGGCGUAGACACCCAGAAAUACUUAAGUUAUCAAGGUUCCCUUACUACUCCGCCCUGUGCUGAAGCCGUCAUUUGGUUCGUUUUCCAGACGCCUCUGGAUGUCUCCAAGGAAGUUUCUCUUAAUGCAUUUGCCAGUGGCAGAACUUCUGGAAGCUGAGGGAUUCUCGUGGGCAGCGUGUCCUGAACAACUAUCGGGUCCUACAAGAUGACCAUGACCGACCUGUUUAUCUAAGUAAAGGCCAAGAAGUGGACCCAUCCGAGUGAAAGUUUAGUCAUAAAUUGGAAAGUCGCCAAGUGUAUAUAGUACAAUAAAUUGUUUAAAGUGCAA